AUGGCAGAGAAACCGAUUGAGAAGGUCGAUAUGGCUCCGGAUCCAGAAGAAGAUGAUCUGGACGAUCUGGACGAUGUCCUAGACCAAUUCCAACCCAAGCCUACCACCACCACAAAGCCAGCCUCUACACCGUCGACGAAACCGGCAACCACUUCAGCAGCACCCAGCAGACCAUUCGGCGACGAUGCACCCUCAGUCACCGAACCCGGUGAAGAAGAAUUGGAAAAGUCCCUACAGGCAGGAAUGACAGAUCUAAUGUCCGAGCUCGACUCCAACCCAGAAAUGCAACAGCAAUUCGAGAAGAUGAUGAAGGAGCUCAUCGCCGCCGGCGCGGCACCGAGCGAUGCAGAAGCCGGCGCGCACCUGAAGGAAGCAGCGAAGACCGUCGGAUCCGAAGCCUCGACAUCAGCAGGUGGUACAAAGUCCACCACAGCCUCAUCAACAAAGAACAAAGGUGCCGAAGACUUCAAUUCCACGAUCCGACGAACAAUGGAACGGAUGCAGCAAUCCGAUACUUCCGCCUCCGCCUCCGCCGCCGCAGAUAAGAACGGCACACCAGAAGACGAAGACCUCCUCGCGCAAAUGAUGCGCGAGCUCCAAAGCGGCGAAGGCAGCGGCAUGGAUGGCAACGAAGCGGAUUUCAACUCCAUGCUCAUGAACAUGAUGACGCAGCUCACGAACAAGGAGAUCUUGUAUGAGCCGAUGAAGGAAUUGCAUGAGAAGUUCCCGGGGUGGAUGGAGAAGCAUGCGAAUGAGGAGGGGGGUGGGGGUGUGAAGGCGGAGGAUCUGAAGCGAUAUCAGGAGCAGCAGAAAUUGGUCGGGGAGAUUGUGGGCAGGUUUGAACGGAGUGGGUAUAAAGAUGAGAAUGAGGCGGACAGGGAAUUUAUUGUUGAGAGGAUGCAGAAGAUGCAAGCUGCGGGCUCGCCACCACCGGACCUCGUGGGCGAUAUGAGCUCGGCUCAAGAAGCGCUCGGUGAUAUCGAUGCUGGAUGCCCGACACAAUGA